AUGUUUCCGAAUUUCAGUUUCUGUCCUAAUAAAAUUGUCGUCUUUUUAGGUUUUGCAGAAGUCGAUGAUGAAGGUGAAGAUCCUUUUGAUGCCAUCCGGGCUGAGUACGAAAGUCGGUACAGCCGCCCCACCGUCAACACACAUCAUCGGCUGUCAGCCACUUCCUCGGCAGCCAACGUUGAGCGAGAGCGUCGGCAGUUCUUCCAGCGUCAUGCUGAGGGUCUGAGGAAGCGUGGUUUUCUCUUCACACCAACACCUCCACGCAAAUCACAACUGUCGGACUUCCUGUCGCAAUGGCAGGCCUUCCUCGCGGAUCAAGAACCCCUGACACUGUGCAACCUGAGUCAUAUUCCCUGGCUGCCAGUUCCGGAGGGAGAUGUACCGGAUCUGCUCAGAUUUGUCGGACACAACUUUGCCUCCCUUAGACAACUCCAAGUGGACUGGCAUCCAGAUAGGUUUUUCUCACGCCUCGCCCUCCGGCUGACCAGUGAGGAGGUUCGACAGGCACUGACUGAUAGAGUAAAUGCGACCUCCCAGCUGCUCAAUGAGGGCAUCGCCGAACUCCGGCGUCUCAGGGUUGACACGAAAACUGCACCGAGUUCAUAA